CCUAGCUAGCCGCUCGACACCUGUUGAAACGCGUGCACCGCGUUCUCCUGUCGUUAGCCAAUAUCGCGGAAACAAAUUGCUAGGCGUUGGUCUACACGAGCAAUGCCUGUGUGGCGUACCUUGGCGAAGAUUGAUACAACGUUGGAUGGAAACGUUGGCGACUCUUGCGCGCCAACGUUAAUCCGCGUGGGUGGUUUCAUGAAAGAGGAACACUCUAACUGUGAAGAUCAGAAACGUAAUCGGUGGUGGAGUCCACGCACGAGGCAAAAAGGGAACUUUUUUGCCGCGGCCAGGGCACGCCAACUCCGUUGCAAUUUCCAUUCCCAGCAAAUGAUCCGUGGCAAGAAAUCUCUGUUGAUCUCUCUGGAGCCGGCGGAUAAAGAAAUUAAAAAGUUUGCUCGUAAUCUGGGAAAGCAAGAAGAAUGGACGCAAGACGGAAGAAGAAGGGUUUCUACGUGGACCAAGGAGAAGUGGACAUGACCGAAGAUUGCCACACAGGAGGCUGCGUAGAUAAGGGC